AUGGUAGUAAUGGAUGGACCUUCCAAACAACCGCAAAUCUCCGAAAUGUUCCAGAAAUUCGCACUGGCUUUCAAGACCAAAACCUUCGAAUUCUUCGCGGACGAUGAAGCGGAGACCGCCGCCACCACCCCUGCAGCUGAAGACAACUAUUUCUCCCUCCUGGACUCUGCGGAAGGGUUCAUCACCGACCAGAAGGUCAUAAUCAUCAAGCCGGACCAGACGCACCAACCAUCAGCUCCAAAUUCCAACACCCAUUUCACAGAAACCCUGAUUUCUUCUUUGUUCGCCAAUAUUUCAUGCUUUGAAGCUUCGUAUUUACAGUUCCAAACAGCCCAUGUGCCUAUUGACGAGAAAGCAUUAGCUGUUGCUGAUCGAUCUUUGGUCUCAACCCUAGAGAAGUUAACUGAAUUACGACGAUUAUACGGGAAUUCUCGAAAGAAUCCUAAGUUUGAUUUUGAUAUUCCAACUGGGUCUUGCUUGGAAGCUCAGGUACAAGAGAAUCAGAGCAAGCUUCGAGCAUUGGAGACCAUGGUGAACCAAUUGCAGUCAGAUAUGGAUGUAAAAGAUGACGACAUUUUGCUACUGAGGAAAAAGUUUCAGGAAAUUGAAAAUUCCAAUUCAAAGUUGUCCAAAAGGUUAGGGAAGAAUCUGAAGCAACAUUUGGGUACUGAGGUUUUGUGUACAAUUCGGGUUUUCGAUUCUAUGUUACGCGAGGCCUGUAAAACCUUGCAUUGUUUUAGUAAAUUGUUGGUUGGUUUGAUGAAAAAAGCCGGGUGGGAUUUGGAUUUGGCUGCAAAUUCUGUUUAUCCCGAUGUUGAUUAUGUGAAGACAGGGCAUAAUCGGUACGCGCUUUUAUCAUAUGUUUGUUUGGGUAUGUUUAGAGCUUUUGAUUUGGAUGAUUUUGGAUCAAGUGAAAACGAAAUUGUGUGUAAUGGUCAUGUUUCGAUUUCGGGUAAGAAUGAUGAUUCUUUGGAGCAAUUAGUCGAGCAUGUUUCGGGCAAUCCAAUGGAGUUUUUAAGUAAAAAUCCCAAGUGUGAUUUUUCAAGAUUUUGUGAGAGGAAGUAUGAGCAACUUAUACACCCUGCAAUGGAAUCUUCCAUUUUUAGUAAUAUGGAUAGAAAAGAUGUGGUUUUGGAUUCUUGGAAAUCAUUGAGUGUGUUCUAUGAGUCAUUUGUUAAAAUGUCGAGCUCAAUGUGGUUGUUACAUAAGUUGGCUCGUUCGUUUAAUCCAGUGGUGGAGAUAUUUCAAGUUGAGAGAGGUGUAGAAUUUUCAAUGGUGUACAUGGAAGAUGUGACCAGGAAAGGCGUUUCUCCAGGGAAUAGUAGGCCGAAGGUGGGGUUCACAGUAGUACCGGGGUUUAAGAUUGGGAAGACAGUGAUUCAGUCUAAGGUUUACUUAACUGGCUUGAAAUGUGCAGAGUAGUAAUAGCUGGUUGCUGUGUGUUUGUCAAUGAAAAAUUCGGAGCAAGUUUGGCUACUUGGCUUCAAGUUUUUGGAUUCACUUUGGGUUUUCAUCCAUUAACAGAGAUAUACAAAGAGCUGGAUUUGUUGGUGUUGUCCAUUGAGUCUCAUGUAGAGAUGACUACAAAGCAGUGUGUUUUCUACAUUUCUUUUUCUCUCUUUUCUUUGGUUGGUGAGGUAGAUCCUAAAGACCCUGAAAGAUGAAAUCAAAUUGUAUGUAACUGGUUUGUCUCAAAAAUUAUACAAUGAGUUGACUUGUCUAUUGAAAUUGUUGAUAGAAUCAUUCUGCUGUAGAUGCAAUUUUUACUGGUUUUGUGCAUUGAAAUCUUGG